AUGCCUACUCCUACCUACCUGCCCAGUCCCAUCGACUCUGACCGCAUCGAGAUUCCCCGCGCGGUUGUCGACAAGGACUACCGCCGCACCAUCUCUCCCGGCCUCUUUGAGUUCAUCAGCACAUGUGAGAAGAACGGCGUGAGGACCGAGGAUCGAUACCUCAAUGCUUUUCAGCCGCUCGAGCAGUGUGAGGCGCUGCUUCGAUCCGAGGAGCAUUCGGGCGCUUUUCGCACCAAGAGCGCGGGGGUCAUUCGGCAUGCGUCCAACUAUGUCUCCGCCCACGCAAAGGGAGAAGACAGGCGGUCGGUGAGCGGAGUGUCAAUCGAGCAGCUUGGGCCCGCUGUCAAGGCAGUUGCCGAAAGACACACGGGAGAGACUUGGUGGGCGAGGUGGGCGGACUUGCAGGAGGGGUCGGAAGAGAAAGACCUCCUCUUCUUCACCGUCAUCGAUGGACAUCUCGGCGCCGAGGCGUGUGAUCUGCUGGAGGUGGCGGCGAACGCCUGUCUUGCGUGGACGAUCGGCAACGAUUCGAAGGCGCUGGGUGGCGAUGAGCAAGCAAUGAAAGAAGCGCUGAGCGAUGCGAUCCUCACCCUGAAUCAAGACAUCUCAGCGGCGCCACUCGGCAUCCUUCACAAGCCGGCCACUGCCCCAACCGACGCUCAGCUCCCCGGUAUGCCCAGUGUCGCCCAGCUCAUCAGCGGUCACCUGGAGCAUGGCGGAGCGUGCAUUGCCACAGCGGUCGUGGACCUGAAGCAUGGGAAGCUGUACGUGGUGAACGCUGGAGACUGCCGAGUGAUUGGCGUCUGGAAGAAAGAAGAGGAGGAUCAGUGGUUCUCCGCAGUCUUGACUGAGGAUCACAACGGCUUCAACCCGGGAGAGGUUGCGCGCAUCAAGGCGGAGCAUCCGAAUCAGCCUGACGUCAUGAUCGAUACAGGCCGGGGUUUCCACCAGCUACUCGGUCUGGGUCAGGUGACGCACUGCGUGGGUGAUCCAGCGAUCAAUCGGACUGAAGAGGAACGGAAGGCUCUGUUGAAGGGUGCAAUGACGCGAAGCGCCUAUCGGCCUGGCUUCCCUGCCGUCGAUCCGCCUUACGUCUCUUGGCGCCCCGAUGUGGUCAUAAGGGACAUGAAGAAUGGCAAGACAGGUGCAGAGCUGAAGUUCAUCAUUCUCGGAAGUGAUGGUGUAUUUGAGAAGAUGACCAGCGAGGAGAGCGCCUUGCUCACCAUCGCGCACGCAGCUCACCCUCAUCAUGACGACGUGCCCAAGGUCAAACUUCCGAAGCUGUUCGAUCUCGCCCCUCCUCGUGAGCCUCGGCCAUUUCCAGCUGAGCCCCUUCCUGGAUCACGAGAGGGAGAUAUGGCCAAAGGAGAUUGGGUCUUUGAGGAUGAGAAUCCAGCGAUCCAUCUCAUCCGGAACGCGCUUGGGAACGGAGACCGAGAUUUACUCCAUCAGAUGCUGAGCUUGAAGCAUGGGACGAGGAUGUUCAGGGACGACACGACCGCAAUGGUGGUCAGCUUCGGUCGCGAUUGA